GGGUUUAAUUUCAAUUGGUAGCAAUGGCGUCUCCAACAAUUGUCUUCAUUUCUGGCGCAAACCAGGGUCUCGGCUACGAAACAGCCAAGAACCUGCUGCUGUCCGACAACUACCACAUCAUCAUCAGCAGCCGGGAUCUCUCGCGGGCCAACCAAGCCGCCGCCACCCUGCAAUCCCUCCCCGGGAACAAGGGCACCGUGUCGACGAUCGAGCUGGACGUCGCGGACGACCGAUCCGUCGACGCCGCAAAGGCCCUCAUCGAGUCUAAAUACGACCGCAUCGACAUCCUCGUCAACAAUGCCGGCGUCUACUUCCUCGACCGGCUGCCUGCGCGGGACACGCUGCGGGACUCGCUGGCCACCAACGUCGUCGGCGCCGUGAGCUUGACCGAGGCGUUGCUGCCGGUGCUGCGGAAGUCGAAGGAUCCAAGGCUGGUGUUUGUGAGCUCCUCGAUGGGGUCGCUGCAGCAUAAUUUGGACCCGGAGUCGCCGCACGGUGGCACCUCGGCGUCCGAGUAUCGGAUCACCAAGGCGGCGCUGAAUAUGGUCAUGGUGCAGUACCAUAUGAAGCUGUCUGAUGUCAAGGUUCUGGGUGCGGAUCCUGGGUUCUGCGCGACAGAAAUCGGCGACGAUUCGGAAGGGUUCAGGAAAAUGGGCGCCAUGGAGCCGUAUCAGGGCGCGGAGUUUAUCGCGGCAGUCGCCAGAGGGGAUAAGGAUGAUCAGCGCGGCCGCGUUCACGGUCCGAAGGGCGUUGUGUUGUGGUAGAUGUCUGUCCUGACUUCCAAGACUAUAGAGGCUGUUUUCGAUUGAUAUACAUAGACUGGCUGCUGUGCCAGCAUAUCAGGG